UCCAUGGCUGCUUCCGGGAGUGGUACCUCCCCUUUUGAGACGCUAUGGACGCCGUGCGCGAGGAGCCGACCCUGGCGCUGUUCGCUUGGGGAGCAAACAGCUAUGGACAACUUGGUCUUGGUCAUAAAGAAGAUGUACUCCUGCCCCAGGCCCUUAAAGAAUUUCCCUGCAGUCAGAAAAACAUCACAAGUAUUACUGGAGGAGGAGGACAUUCUGUAAUUGUUACUGACAUUGGAGAACUCUUUUUAUGUGGCCAAAAUAAAGAUGGGCAGUUGGGACUUGGUCAUACUGAAGAUGUGGAACAUUUUACAUUAUGCAUUUCCCUGUCUGGUUGUCCUGUUGUACAAGUUGCCUGUGGCUGGGAUUUUACCAUCAUACUUGCAGGCAAUGGCCAGGUGUUAUCUUGUGGGUCUCAUUCUUUUGGACAACUCGGAGUUCCUCAUGCCUCAGGAGGAAAUGCUGUGCCACAGAAAAUUAAGACUAUACAGGACAAAGUAGUAAAUGUUGCUGCUGGACUCAGACAUGCAGUAGCUGUAACUGAAAAUGGUUCAGUUUUCCAGUGGGGAGUUGGCAUGGCAUCUCAGGCGAAGCGGGCAUGCCAAGGACAGAUGGUUCCAUCUUUUUGGAGGGCUAAAGAGCCUUGCAAAGUAACAGGUCUAGAAAACAUCAAAGUAAAGAGCAUCACUUCUGGGUCACAUCAUGUCACAUCACUCACAGAUGAAGGAGAGUUAUAUGUUUGGGGGAGCAACAGACACAAGCAGUUAGUGAGCAAAGAUGAUUUUCUUUUGAAACCCCAGAAGAUAGAAACCCACUAUUUUGGGGGUGAAAAGGUCAGAAGAGUCUGGAAUGGAUGGACGCACAUGGUGGCACAGACAGAAACAGGGAAAGUCUUUUCAUGGGGUAGAGGAGACUAUGGUCAACUUGGAUGGAGCGGGAUGCUGCAUGAAGCAGAGAGCCAGGAUGGAAAGAAAUCGACUGAACACUGUUUGACAAAGCAAAUUAGUGCUCCUGUUGCAGUGCCCAGCCUCACUGGAGCAUCUGAGAUUGCAUGUGGCUCGGAGCACAACCUAGCAAUAGUUGGUAGCCAGUGUUUCUCCUGGGGUUGGAAUGAACAUGGGAUGUGUGGCAACGGAACAGAAGCCAAUGUUUAUGUCCCUCAGCCUGUUGGGACUUUGAGUUCUGCAAAGCUGCUUUUGAUUGGAUGCGGAGCUGGACAUUCCAUGGCAUAUUGUCAUUUACCAUGCUUCAACCUUCCACCGUAGAAAUGUCAGCACAAUUUCAAGUACUAUAAUCGUCGGUGUACUAAUAUUUAUAUACAGCUAACCAAGGUUGUGAAAAUUACUGGGGAAACCGGGUGCUGGUUUAGAAGCAAACGAAAGGAACUUGUCCUGUAAUACUCUUUAAAAACCUAACCAAUAACAAUGCACUGAAAUAAAAUAUUUCCUGGUGAAAGUAGGCUAAAAUCCAGGGAAAUUAGUCAAGGAACUAUACUCGGUUACUAACUCAAGUCUCAUUAAUUUCUAUGGGAGAUGGUAAUGCCCAACAUUUGUUAGAUUGCACUCAUAUAUAUGUUUUUU